AUGACUGCCGCCUUUCGACUGGGACAGAUCUUGAGAGGGCAUAAAGCUUGCUACACCCUGACCAAGGAGCUCCAAGAUACAGUUUGGCUUGCAACUUACGAAGAUGCUAACGUGUCCAGCAACCCGAACAAGCAGCCGGUGAUAAUAAAGGCCGUGCAGCAUUUUCGGCUGGAGAACGAGCGAGAUGCUCUCAAGCGCUUUCAAGGCCAGACUCCCUUUAUUCGCCCGCUGCUUGAUGAGAUUGUCGACCCACCAGACCCGCCAGCUAUCGUUCUUAGGCAUUUAGAUGACCAUCUUUUGAAUGCCUCUAAUUCACGGACACUCACAUCCCGUGAGAUCAAAUACGUCGCCAGGAGGAUUCUAGAAGCUCUUAAAUUACUCCAUGGAGAGGGAUUUGUCCACACGGAUGUCAAACCUGACAAUGUGCUUGUCAACUACGGCUCUGGAAAUGGAGAUAUCCGCUUCACGGAUGUUCAACUGGCAGACAUGGGAGCCACUCUCCCUGCCGAUUCGUCAUAUGCGAAGGAUGGUGUCAUGAUUGGAGCUCCCAUAUGGCGCAGCCCGGAAGCCCAUUUGCAGAUAGGAUGGAGUACUGCUACUGAUAUAUGGUCGUUCGGAGCAUUGAUCCUGGCUCUGAUCUAUGGCGAUAACUUCUUCAUCUUCUGCCCCGAUGUCUCGUUUGAUCAUGAAGAGUACUUGCUCAGAAUUCUUACGAGGCAAUGUUCAUUCUUCGGGCCAUUCCCUCUAUCCUACCAAGAAAUCGCUGGCGAGGAGACCUUGGCGAUCUUGGCAUAUAUUCACGAGUCCCUUCCCCCAGAAAAACAGAAGCCAUUCAGGCGAAUUUCUGCCAAGGAGGUGUCGGCAGAAGAUAGAGAUUUUCUUCUCAAAGUCAUGAAAAUGGAUCCUAGGGAUAGGCCAACUGCUGCGGAACUACUGGAGGAUGAUUGGUUCCGUGGUAACUAA